AUGGGGGAACAGGUGAGGCUGCCGCUCGGAGAGCCCUGCCGAGAAGGCUAUGUAUUGUCUCUGAUGUGUCCGAACUCCUCCCAGGCUUGGUGUGAGAUCACAAAUGUGUCGCAGCUGCUGGCUUCUCCUGUCAUCUACAAGAACCUGAAUUCUAGCAUAACCAACUUGAGCAUUUCAGCAAAUGUAGAAAACAAAUACAGUCUUUAUGUGGGCUUGGGACUGGCAGUGAGUUCCAGUAUUUUUAUUGGCUCCAGCUUCAUACUGAAAAAAAAGGGACUCUUACAACUGGCCAACAAGGGCGUUACUAGAGCUGGACAAGGUGGACAUUCUUACCUCAAGGAAUGGCUUUGGUGGGCAGGAUUGCUGUCAAUGGGAGCAGGAGAGGUUGCAAAUUUUGCGGCUUAUGCUUUUGUACCUGCCACCUUGGUCACCCCACUGGGCGCUCUGAGUGUUCUCAUAAGUGCAAUACUGUCUUCCUAUUUUUUAAAUGAGCACUUGAACAUUCAUGGGAAAAUAGGCUGCAUAUUAAGUAUAUUGGGGUCAACUGUGAUGGUUAUCCAUGCCCCGCAAGAAGAGGAAGUCACUUCUUUGCAUGAAAUGGAAAUGAAAUUGAGAGAUCCAGGAUUUAUUUCCUUUGCUGUGAUCAUAACUGUGAUCUCCUUGGUGCUGAUUUUCAUUGUGGCUCCCAAGAAAGGACAGACCAACAUACUGGUGUACAUUUCAAUCUGUUCUUUGAUUGGAGCAUUUUCAGUUUCUUCUGUCAAGGGCCUAGGAAUUGCCAUUAAGGAACUAUUAGAAUGGAAGCCAGUUUACAAGCAUCCCCUGGUCUUUGUUUUGCUGGCUGUGCUUGUGCUUUCAGUGACUACACAGAUUAACUAUCUCAACAAGGCACUGGACACCUUUAACACAUCUCUUGUGACCCCCAUUUACUAUGUGUUCUUCACAUCCAUGGUAGUGACUUGCUCUGCCAUCUUAUUCCAAGAGUGGUAUGGCAUGAAAGCUGGAGAUAUCAUCGGGACCCUGAGUGGGUUCUUUACUAUUAUCAAUGGCAUCUUCCUUCUACAUGCUUUUAAAAACACUGACAUUACCUGGAGUGAGCUGACAUCUGCUGCUAAGAAAAAAGACCUCUCUCUGAAUGACAGUAAGAACAAUUAUGUCUUACUAGAGAACAUGGAGUAUUUAACCCCAGGAUACAAUGAUGAUGUUACCUUGUUUAGUAGAACUGAUGAUCAAGGUCUCUAAAGACCCUGAAUUUUAACUAAUAUGAGAGUUAGAGAUGAGAAAAAAUACUUGCUGCUUGAAAGAACUGCUAGGAAACUUAGCAUUUUUAAUUAAUUUAGAUGUGAGGCCAAGUAAAAAUGCCUUCAUUUUGGCCAUCAAAUUUGAAAAUCAAGUUUUAAUCCUCCUCCAGAAGCCAUUUCUGCUUCCUUUCAUUUCUGCAGGCUUUGAAGUAUUCCCUAAGCACGAAAGAAGUCAAAGA